AUGUUUGUGUGCCUCUCUAAUUCACAAUCUGAUUCUCUCUUAUCUUCUUUUCCUUUCAUCCUUUAUCUUUUUCUUUCACUUACUUCCUCAUCUCUCUUUUUAUUUCUCUUUCAAUUUUUAUUUUAUAUAUUUUCCUUUUUUCUACUUUUCACCUUUUCUUUCACUGUUUUUCUUUUUCUUUCUCUUUUAUAUUUCCUCAUCUCUUUUUUCAAUUUUUCUUUUCUAUUCCAUUCUCUUUUUCUGCUUUUUUCCUGUUCUCCCAACUCCUCUCUACACUAUUCUUUCCUUUUUCUCUACUUUUCACCUUUCUUUCUUUCACUUACUGUUUUUCUUUUUAUACCCCCCUCUCUCUUUAUAUUAUAUAUACUAUCCUCAUCUCUCUUUUUUUUCUUUCACUUUAUUCCAUUCUGUUUUUCCUUUCUUUUAUCUCCUUUUCUCCUUUUCACCUUUCUCUCUUUAUAUUAUAUAUACUUUCUAGUCCUCAUCUCUCUUUUUAUUUCUCUUUCAAUUUUCUUUCUCUAUCUCCAUUCUCACACUUUCUGCUUUUUCCUGUUCUCCCAACUCCUCUCUACACUAUUCUUUCCUUUACACUUUUUACCUUUCUUUUUUCACUUACUUUUACUUUCUAGUCCUCAUCUCUCUUUUCUUUUUUUUCUCACACUUUCUGCUUUUUGUUCUCCUAACUCUCCUUACACUAUUCUCUUUUUUCUUUAUUUCACUUUGUGUCUUAACACUCUUUACUCUUUUUUUUCUAUUUCGCUUUUUCAUCCUCUCUCUCUCUCUCUCUGCCUGCUUGUACUAUUUCUUCCUCUUCUCUCUCUCACACAGCAUGUAGCGUCUUCCAUCAUGCAGGAUCGCUUCUUCUAA